AACUGUGUGUGUAUGUGUGUGUGAGAGAAUAUCUUAACAGAACAAUAUAUUCUCUUGAAGUUUUCAAAAGUAAUAUGUAAAAGAGAGUAGUCAACACAGUGUGAUUUUUGUUCCCUUUGAUCAGAGAUUCUUGGAUAGAAAUAUACAGAAGAAGGAAGAAGAAAAAGCUCCCUUCUGAUGGUGGUAGUGGUGGUGAUGGUAAUGGUAGUGGUGGUGGUUUGUUGGUGUCGGGUUGGGAGUUCACGACGACGACGCCGGAUCAGUGAGCGUCGCGACGCCCGCCUGUCAAGGUGGGUUGUUAAAAAGCGUGCAACGAAUAACGAUAAAGCUGCUUAUUUCUUUUUUUUUUUUCUUUCUUUUCCCUUCCAUUACCAUUACGUGUGAAUUACUAUUCAACGAAAAAAAAGAAUCAUCCCCUUAUUUUCUUUUUACUUUAACAAAAAAAUUUAAAAACAAAAAGAAGAAGAAAUAAAAAAUCCAAGUAAAAAUUUAUUGGAAUAAAAUUAUUAUCGAAUCGUUCAAUUAUAUUUGGUAUUCCCCCUUUUAUUUUUAUAAUUUCAAUUUGAUUGAACGACGUGAAGAAAAAAAGAAAGAAAAAGAAACAGAAUAAAAGAAAAAGUGAACUCGCGCUAACGCGAGUACGAUUAUGGGGCUAAAUGGGGGCUGAUGGACAUUUUCGAGUGACCUUGUCCUUAAGAAGGGAACCAGCAGCUGGCCCGGUUUAUUGCAAAAUGGAAACUUCUGCUAGAUUUCGACAACUUAAAACUGUGAAGCUUAGCUGUGAGGCUAUCUACCGGCUCGACAUCAGCUUCAAACCUCCGCAACUACUGCAAUCGUUGAGCAUAGGAGGAAAACAAGUGGAAGCCAUCGAACGUGCAAGAGAUGGUACAGCUUGUGCAUACAGCGCUUAUCACAGCACAAAAGGAAUACCUGCGAGUGCGAGGGGUCAUCGAGAGGAACUUUCGAUAGCCAUGCGGGUUCUUGGUUCGGGUUACCUUACCACCUGUCUGCAAAUUAAAUAUUACCGUCAGGAUGAUCAGAGUCAUUGUGAAUGGGGAGCCAGAUUGCAUUGUAUCGAACUGGAUUGUACCAGCGUUGAAGGAAGACUCGUUACGGUUGAUCGAGAAACUUACAGAAAACUUGGUAUAGAAUCAUAGCGAUUGGAAUUAAUGCCAUAAUUCAUUUCUUUCUCUUAUUUUUUUCAUUUAAAUUCAAAUCACAUAAAUAUAUAUAGAACGAUGGGUUAGUAUACUACACUAAAUUAAAAAAUUGAUUUAUCCGAGAUAAGAUUUUGAUUUUUUCUUUUCGUAUUAGUCACUAUUUUAAAAUAUGAUUUUUCUUUAAUGAUAACGUUUAAUUAUUUUUAGAAAUAAUUUAUUAUUAAUUAAGAAUGAUCACUGUGUGAGAGAGAUUUGUUAAUUACUCUGCGUUCGCCAUUUUGUUAAUAAACGAUAAAUAUUGUAUUAUCGAAAUAUCGAAUUUAAUAUGAUCGAACAAAGUUUAACGUGCAUAGGUGGCAGCACCUAUCUAUUACGGAGAGGGUAGUUUAUUCAAAAUAAAUGUGGGAAAUUUGAAUUAUCGAAUUACCAUCAAUCGUUCGUUUAGUUUCGAUAAAUAUAUAAAAAUGUUAUGGGAAAUGACAGAACAUGAUAAUAUUAUGCUUAUGCAAUGCUUUCUCGAUGUUCUGCCACAUUACGUGAAUGAUUAAUAGAACAAAUGUUGUAUAAAUGUAUUUGCAAAGCGAGUUCUAUAAUUUGAUGAUCGAAAUGCUUGCUUUGAAUGAUAAUAUUCAAUGGAGUGCAAUUACUAUCUGUAUAUGCGUAAAUCGCAAUUACUAUUAACACACAUAUAUAAAUACGUAUAUGUAAUUAUUUAUUAAUGCGUUUAAUUUUUAAUUCUGCGCCAAAAUCAUUUGAAAUAUCUGAAAUGAAAUAAGUCCGCGAAAUGUGAAUGUUUUUUCAAAAUAUCAAUGCAACCCAUAAUGUAUUCUAAUGACAAUUAAAAUAUAAAAAAUAAAGCACUGAAUAAUUUUGAAUUAGAAAAAAAAGAUUUAAGAUAGAAUUAUUGAACACGAUCGUUCUCGCACACAUCGAACAACAUAUCAGUUCGUAAAUUGAAAAUAAAAUCAGUAUGUCUAAUGUACUCGGAAUAUUUUCGAAAUAAGAAUUAAUAAUAUAAAGGAUGCAGCACAAUAAUUCUGUCCAUCUUGAAUUCUUCUACAAGAAUAUCGAAAAAAUAUAUAUAAUUUCAUUUAAAAAGAAACACUUUGAUAAACUUGAAAUUUCAUUAAUAAAAUAACCAUGAGAAAAAAUUCUUUCAACUAUUAGAUUUCUCCUCUGAAAUAAUGCAAUUUUUGUUUCCUUCAAAGUUUUUUAAUACGAUUGUAAAAAAAAAAAGGAUAUUCAAGAUAGAUAGAGUUAUUGUCCCACUUUAUAUUUAUAUGUUGGCGUUACUUUAUAAAACGAGUAACUAAAUUAUAUAAUCUAACGCUGACAUAUAUAUAUAUAUAUAUUUUCAUCGCAAAAGAUAUAAUAUCUAAUAAGAUUUAUAGGAUUCUUCAUAAUCUUUGUCAUAUAUUAUAUAUACUUUUGGCUAUGUGCUUUUCGCUGUUAACAAAAAAAGAAAAAGAAAGAAGAGACCAAUCUAUAUAGAUAUACAUGUACACGGUAUUGCGAAGAAAACUCAUUAAACAAAUAAUCUUCUCGGAAUUAAAAAUAAAAAAAUAAACAUCAAAUUGUUCUCUUUAAUAUUUAUGAAAAUAUUAAUAUUAAUUAAAAUUUCGAGAUAAUAUUAUCAUUUAAGAUUUUUAUUACACAAAACGUUCAUGCUCGAACUGAUUUAAAUAUUUGGCUUCGCGCGUAACAACAAUACAAUAAUAUUAUAUGAAAAAUAUUUGUAAAAAAUCUAAUAUCACAAGAAAUAUUAUUUCUACAAUGUUUCGUUUGAUAAUUUUCUGUAAAUUUCUUGUAAUUAUCUUGGUUAAACUGAUCAGGUAUUUAAUAUUGAUGUUCAAACCAGCUCAAAUGACCAAACAGUGCCUCUGUGCUUAAUACUAAUCGUUCCUAUUCUUUAUUAUCAAACAUUAGAAACAUGAACAUUUUCAAUGAGUUGUACCUGCGAGUGUAGUAUUGAAAUUCUACUAUGAAAUACAAAUCUGCACUGUUUACUUGCGUAUUAUUUUUUAAAAGCAUUGUAAUACAAGUUUCUUAGAAAUAAAUAUUCUUUUUAGUGUAUAUAAGUAAAAACUCAUGUUUUCAAAGCUUAACAACAUUUCUAGAUAUUGUUUUACGAGUCCUAUAUUUUGUAAAAAUAUUUCAAUGCGAAUACUCUAUCUGUUAAAUCUGAAUAAAUAACGAUUCAAUAAAAU